AAGAAGAAUUAUGUAUUCCUGCUCAGUGCUCAAUACCUGUUAGUAACAAUUUUGACUAAGAGUGUUAGAAUAUCAACCGUUAUUAUUGUGAAGCCAGCUAUUUUUAUACGUAAGUCUUAAGGUGUGAACUAUAGAGCCAUGUCGAUGGAAGACAAAAUUCUCGGUUCCGGAAUGCACAACUCCGUCUCAUCCGGUGCCACCGGCAUCAGCACACAGCCUCCAUCCCUCCUUGGAUCUCCUAUCCAUUCAGCCCCAAACCUUCCCACGAACUCGAUCACCCUUCCUUCUACGCCCCAUUUUCACAAGAAGUCUCGUAAAAAGCGUAAGGAACUAGACGCUCUCGUCCCAGAGGAGAAGAUACGUCGUAAAAGUUCACUGGGAAGCGCCGGCGCGUCCUGCAGUUUUAACGGGGAUUCUGACGAUACGGAAGGCGGUCGAUUAGGAUUGCUACCAAAAUCUUCGAGUGCAAACUCGACAAAUUUGGGAGUUUGGAGCUUCGUCCCUGGAGUGUUCGCCAUCGUGCUGGUCGUGGGCACGGCCGUGAUGGCGAUGGCUGCACUUCGUCUGCUCAUGGUCACACGUCGGGACAUGGAGACUUUAACAAGGAGACUCGGUUCGGUGGAGGCGCGUAGUUCGGAGCUGCCGGCGCGGUUCCACGAGGCGCACGUUCGGCUGCAGGCGCUGCAGCGCAACACCAGCGCGCUCUGGGACGCCGCGCAGGCCUUCAGAGACGCGCUCGACACGCACGCCAGCAAGGUUGACAAGCUGCAGGUCGAAGUCAGCAGCCUGCAGAGCUCCGUGCAGGCCAGUCCCCUGCUGUCCUCUGUGCCGCAGGACGUACAGGCUCUGCAGGUCUCAGUGGCGUCGUUUGGCAGCACUCUGCAGGACCUACAGAGCGCCCUCCGAGCUGGCAAGGCUGACCAGAGCACCGCUCAUUCUGACCUGCAGCUGGUUAAGGCUGCGGUGUCGGCGCUGCAGGAGGCCACAACACUGCCGUCCGAGGCCGGCGGAGGGCCGGUUGGGGCCGCGGUGACGGCCCUGCAGCGGCACCUACAGGCGCUUGAGGCGUCUUUCCAGACAGCGCUGGGGAAUGAUACGUCCUGGCACACGAACCUGAGUGGUAGCAUCCGGCAGAUCAAGAAUCAACAAGAAAGUCAAGACAUUUUGGUGAAGAAUAUCACCGAAGAGCUUCAUAACCGAGCACCACCAUCGUCAAGUAAUGACAUCGUCACCACUUUGAGGGAUGACGUGAAGAACAUAAGCGAUGAAAUUCACAAACUGCAACGUCUUAACGAAGCCAUCGAUGAUCUCGCUCAGAAUGUCAGUGUGGUGAAAGGCGUUGAAAAGAAGCUUGAAGGUAGUCAGCUUCAGCUUGCCAGCAGUGUCAGUUCCUUGAAGCAGCAACUGCUUGCGCUUCAGCACUCAGUUUCAGCGCUGACACCGCUGACCACGACCACAGCUACUCCUGACAACCACCCACUCACAACUGCGUACUCCAGACAGCGUAGAUCAGCUGACACUGCUGGAAAUUCCGACAAUGAAGCUGACUUAAGUGCUGAAUAUGACUUGGAGUCUGAGUAUCAUGAGUACUUGGAGCCUGAGGAUCAAGAGUAUGAGGGAAAUUUGGGAAUUGAUGAGCCAACAAUUUUGGAGCAGGAGACUGACAUGGCGAAUAAUAAUGAAAUUGAUAAUGGAGAUUCAAUACGAAGAGGCGGAAUGAUAAUCAAUCGUAACGAAGUGAAUGGUGCUUUUAUGAAUGGGAAUGACAAUUACAGGAUCGGUCAUUUAGGAAAUCCAGAAACGCCUGUCUCGAUGCCUGCAACAACAGAACACGAGACAGAAGUUUCGAGAUCAUCGGAUGCGGUCAUUGAUAAAAUCCCAACAUCAGAUGCAGGCACCCCCAACUAGCGACUGCCUCCGUCAACAACUGACAUCCCUUCGAAUGGUUCAAGAUCUGGUGCCAACAUACUACGUUCGUUGCGUCUUAGGCAAUAUAAGUCACAACAAAGGACCGCUCAUAUCGUGCAAAGACUCGCAUUAUGUGCACCGCUCGAAAUGUGACCAGGAAAUACCAAGGCGUUCUGGAAGAUUUUCCUUUCAACUUUUCCGAUAUGUUUUGUGAGAUGAAUGUGUUCUAAUGAUUGAAUGGCUUAAAAUCAAUUGGAAGAUAGAGGAACUGUUUUAUGAAAUUAAUUUUGAAGAGAAGCAAGGGAUACGAAAGGGUCAAAUGAAUUGUCGCUUAUGUAGAUAACUGCUGUUGCCUGUUAUGUCUGAUCAGGAAAAAGAAAAAAGAGCCGAGUUUUAAUAAAUUGCGCUAAAUUUGCCUUUUUUUGGUAAAAUUAAUUUUUUUGGAAAGUUUACAUAUAGGCGAUCUAAGUGUGGAGUAUUGAACGAUUAUUUUAUAGAUUGAAAUGCAACCAAAUGCGAAUCGAUUGUCUUACUAACGUCAUCAUCUGUGCAAAUCACAAUCCAAACUCCAAGAUACUUUCAAAACCUAAUAUGUAAAAAAAUAUAUUUUCAACCACUAAUGAUUCAGGUUACCGCUCGCUAUUUACAAGUCGGUUAUAAUCCAGCCUUGAGCAACGACCUAACGCGGCAAGUGUAAACGCUUUGUGCUUCAAGAUUUUCGGCAGUGUUUUGUGAAUGUCAAUUGGUUACAUGCUUACUGCUUGUCCCUAUCAGCUUCAUGCUAUUGUCAUGAUUCUUUGAAACUUUUAAGUUUCUUUAUGAAUUUCGUGUAAGCAGGUUCUUGAAGCAGGUUUUCUAUGAGGCGGAGGUUAGUCCUAACAUCGCAAAAAAUGUACAGCUUGCUGUGAAUUAAUGUAGAAAAAUUAAAAUUCGUAUGUAAAAUUAUAUAAUUUUGGAUGACUUGUAAUUCAAUGGGUCCCUAAUUUCUGACUUAAAGGUAAAUAUAACACAAAUUGAAUAAACGACUCUAAGAAGACGGACGCCAAACUAUAAACAAUGUCUGCUGCGUAGAGCCCAAUUCUUUUAGCUAGCGGCUGUCUUUCGCAAGUGAACUCGCAUUGCGCAGUAUUAUUGUCAUAAUAUCAGUAUCCGUUACCCAUAAUUACCAAUUUUGCAGGAAGAUGAUGAUGUUUAUGAGAAAUGAUGUUUAUGAGAGAUGAUGUUUAUGUGCAGGAAGAUGAUAUGCUUGAGUGUUAUUGCAUUUCUCGUCUUCAUGCUUACAUGUUAUGCUCCUCUGGCCGUCCACUAAAACUUUUGUCUAACCUAGCACUGAACCUAACAUCCUUAAUUAAUUAAGCGAGACUACAUUAAUUACGUGUUUUAUGAGGCUGAUAUUAACAGCCCAUCACUUACGUAUUUUUUGGUCGAUGUUUCUCACCCAAUGAUAAUAUCAUUGGUCAUAAUAUUCAAAGACUAUAGGUUUGCAAGGAUUAAUAAUAAGACUUUUUAGUUUAGUUUAAGUAUUCACAACGAAAAUUAGAGAUAUUUAUUCCGCUUAAAACAAUUUUAUGUUGCAUUCGAGUAUCGAGGUUAAUAAAGCAGAAAUUUUAGCGUAUUUUCGCCUGACGGGCGUAGCGAAUGUAUUCUUUAUAGUUAUCUCAUUAGCAUUAGCAUCUAAUUUCUUAUUAUGCUUCUCAAUUAUCAGUAACUGCUUUGUUCGAUCAUGUCAGAAUUUGCAGCGCUUGUAAGAAAAAUUUACGUGAAAAGUAAAAAGUUUAUCGCCGUAUAUUAGUUCACUUUAUGAAAUAAAGCGUAGGCAUUUAGACGAAUUUCGAUGUAAAAAUAUGGUGAAACUAAGCUUAGGUUCUGAGGUGAAAUUUUUGUUAAUCAAUAAUGCAUGUUUCUUUGUUCGUAAUUGUGAGAGCGAUUCCAGAGAAAAUUCGUCAUUCCAGGCAUGCAUAAUUGGAUUCACUAUACGGAAGAGAGUAAUAAAAUAUUUCUAAGUGUGCUGAUGUCCUGUUCAGAGUUACGUUAUUUAUAUUUCAUACUAUAUUUGCUCUGAAAAUUAAAUCCCGGGAUAACGAAUGCCUCAUUAAAGUUCUGUGCAAUAAACCUGCCUCGUGUUACGAACAUACCUAAAAAUAUGGAGUCCAUUGACUGCUGGAUCAUGUCAAUGUUGGCUAUCCGACUCUUCAUUCACAGAGCCUCUAGAAACUUUAGAAUUCCCUUUCAAGUUAUAUACAGUAAGUUAUUACAACUUACAACGUUAACGUUACUUUGCAGAAAAUAGUGCAAACUGUUUUAAUGGUGAUUAAAGCCAGCAUUUUUCAUAUAUCAAGUGACAAAAUUAUAGCACGCUGCUUUACGCGGUAGACACGAAAUACAGUUCAUUAGACGGGAAGACAAGUCCAGUAGAAUUCUCAAGUAUAUUGAUUGGACUUUCCUUAGCAGCGGCCCGUUGACAACUUAUCGCGCCAGCAACGUCCGUUCAACAGUAUGUGAAAUCACAUGCAUAACGUCAAUAAAAUGCCCAACAAAGAAGCUAGUUCCAGUUAUAAUAAACAAUCUUCAUAUGUGUAACGCAACUAAGGUUAGUGAAUAUUUUCAUCUUAAUUUGUUCGUUAGUUCCUAAAAGCUUCGUGAAUGGAGACGUCGGUCGUGUUGUCUUAGGGUUACAUUUAGAGACCAAUUUGUUGUUAGUAGGAGAGCUUUGUAGUUGUUAAGGCAGCUUCACAGAGUUCAAAUUACGGAAGGCCGUGCGACCGAUAUUGUUCCGCGCUCCGUAAAACAUAUGAUUGCAUUUGGUUUUAGGCUCAUUUACCUUAGGCCAACCAGAUCUCAGCAAACCGUAGUAACCUAAUAAGAAUUUUGUCGUUCAUCUUCGACAUUCCGUACUUUGAAUUCUGAGUAGCCAGUCUAUAGAUGUUUCGUAGAUAUAGUAACAGCUUUUGAGUGUAUCACGUCUCCAUCAUGUGGCAUUUGACGCGGCCAACACUUCGCUAGCGAGUCUUGAUUUAUCUUAAAGCAUCAACUUUCCAGGGCAUAGGUGCUCUUAUCAGAACAGGGCGUAUUUUCGCUACUGUUUGUCAAUAACGCCAGCUUUGGUCACCAGAUUUUUUCUCAAGUGAAAAAAGCUGGUACCGAUCUCUUCUUCACCGAAGAGUUCGGUACCGAAAAUUAUACCGAACUCUUCACAAGCGAAGAAGUUUGGUGCUACACGUACGUCGUCACUUGAACUAAUUUUUCGUUGUUGACUUGAGUAUUUUAACUUAUUCCGAUGUAAGUAUUGUAAUGCGGUCGCUGAAUUCAGCUGAUUGCAUCACGGCGAGAAUUCGACUUAAAACUAAUGAUGUUCCGUUUUGUGUAUGUAUUUUAAUCGCUCGCAUAGCAUUUCUGGAAUAAAAUUCAAUUGUUUAAGAACCUUUCAAAAGGUGAUGGAAAGUUUCUAAAUAAAUUCUUUACAUGAAA